UCCGUGUGGAAGGAACAGGAUGUGACCAAGAGAGCCGGGAGAAACCGGACAGUUUUCAUCACACACUCUUCUGUCCUUUCGGGAGGAGGUGGGGGUGACCGGGCUGUCCGGAGCUGCUUCGUUGGUCAGCAUCUUCCCUGCUUGGUGGUAAAUGUGACAGACCACCGCAACGCUUCCAGCCUCGCUAUGGGUCAGGACAGGGGCAGGUAUGACUUCUACAUCGGCCUGGCUUUGGCCAUCAGCUCCAGCAUCUUCAUCGGAGGGAGCUUCAUCCUCAAGAAGAAAGGACUUCUGAGGCUGGCGAAGAAAGGGUCGAUGCGAGCAGGCCAGGGCGGUCAUGCAUAUCUUAAAGAGUGGCUGUGGUGGGCCGGUUUACUAUCAAUGGGUGCUGGAGAAGCAGCCAAYUUUGCAGCCUACGCUUUUGCUCCUGCAACUUUAGUCACGCCUCUGGGAGCGCUCAGCGUGCUCGUCAGUGCCGUGCUGUCGUCGUACUUCCUGACGGAGCGGUUGAACCUGCACGGGAAACUGGGCUGCCUGCUCAGUAUCCUCGGCUCCACCACCAUGGUGAUCCACGCCCCACAGGAGGAGGAGAUCAGCAGCCUCAAAGACAUGGCCAAGAAACUGGUUGACCCAGGAUUUUUUGUCUUUGCCACUCUGGUGGUCAUCGUGGCUCUGAUCUUCAUAUUUGUCGUCAGUCCACGCCACGGUCAGACCAACAUCCUGGUCUACAUCACCAUUUGCUCGGUGAUAGGGGCGCUGUCUGUGUCCUGCGUCAAAGGACUGGGGAUYGCCAUCAAGGAGGCGAUUGCAGGGAAGAACGUGCUGAAAAACCCACUGGCCUGGAUCCUCCUCUUCGGCCUGGUGGGCUGCGUGAGCACACAGAUCAACUACCUGAACAAGGCCCUGGACAUAUUCAACACCUCCCUGGUGACGCCCAUCUACUACGUGUUCUUCACUACGUCGGUGCUCACCUGCUCCGCCAUCCUCUUCAAGGAGUGGGAGCACAUGGGCGUGGACGACGUGAUAGGGACGCUCAGCGGCUUCCUCACCAUCAUUGUGGGCAUCUUCCUGCUCCACGCCUUCAAAGACGUCAGCGUCAGCCUGGCCGCCCUGGCCGUGUCCAUAAGGAGGGAGGAGCGGGCCGGUCCCGUGUCCAACGGCAUGGCGUCGCACUCCACCUACGAGCUGCUACAGAACGAGUCCACAGAGGACAUGGAGGACAGGGACGUGUCUCCUUUUGACAGCGUGUCUAGAAGGAACGGAGCAAUGACUUCCUCUUUAGACGCUUAACAAACUGUUUUUCYUUUGGGUUAACCGUGGUUUCUAAAUGAGACAAUCAACUGUGAGGGGGGGACGGACGGACCCCCAGAUUGUAUUUGUUUUAAUUUGCCUUACUUCUCUCAGAAUAUGACUCGGUCAUAUUACAGGACUUCAUUUCAUUCCUCUGUAGCUCUGUAAAGAGGUUUCUUUUUAUGAGAUGUUUUCCAAUGCUUUUUCAUGCACUGAACUUUGUAUGAAUCAAGAAUCGAAACAGUAAAAAUAUAAAUAUAUAUUCUGUACAAGGACCUACUGACGAUGAUUACGUCUAAUUGGGUAUUCACUCUGAUUUGAGUUUUUGUGAUACUUGAAACGUAACAAUUUACUUUGGGAGUCGUUCUGAUUUCUUUUUCAUGUGGGGGUGUUACAUAAACUCCUGACAAACAGAUUUGUAACAUAUUUAUUGAAUUAAAAUGAUUAAAACAUUA